GCACCAGAAGACACACCUGCUGUGAAGAAGAGCUCGUCCAUGAGCGCAAAGGAUCUAAAGGCUGUCAAGAGACAAUAUGAUAAUGUCUAUUUCACUAUAUGGAAGGAUUUGUCGAGAAAAGAUGCACCAAAGAUUCACAGAAUGAUACAACAAGCCACACAGACUAAGCUUACAAACUUGAGAAAGACAUCUGUUCUGUGUGUGAGGGAGAGUAAAAAAUGGCAAAUUCGUACCAACAAAUCCCAAAAGGACAUGCAGGCGAAGGCUAGACGUGGUAUGAGAGAAAUGUUUAGCUUCUGGAAGCGUAACGAAAGGGAGGAACGUGAUUUGCGUAAGAAGGCCGAGAAGGAGGCCUUGGACCAGGCUAAGCGUGAAGAAGAGGAGAGAGAAGCUAGAAGACAAGCUAGAAAGUUGAACUUUUUGAUUACCCAAACGGAGUUGUACUCGCAUUUCAUCGGUAGAAAGAUCAAAACUGAUGAAAUUGAAGGAAAUGCCACUGGUAUUCUGGGCGAAAAUGGUCACACUGACAUUGCACCUCCGGAAAACGCCACCAAGACUGAUUUCAGCCAGUUAGAUUUCGACUCUGAUAACGAAGAUGAAAUCCAUAAAGCUGCUGCUGCUAAUGCACAGAGUGCUCUCUUAGAUGCACAAAAUAGAGCUAGAGAGUUUGAUGCCAAAUCUUCUUCAUCCGAAUUGAAGCAAGUUGAUAUCGAUGAUGAUGAUCUCAACUUCCAGAACCCAACCUCGCUUGGUGAUAUCACAAUUGAACAACCAAAACUUCUCAGUUGUACUUUGAAAGAAUACCAAGUCAAGGGUCUGAACUGGCUUGCAAAUUUGUACGAUCAAGGUAUCAACGGUAUCCUUGCUGAUGAAAUGGGUUUAGGUAAAACUGUUCAGUCCAUUUCAGUAUUGGCAUAUUUAGCUGAAACUCAUAAUAUUUGGGGCCCGUUCCUUGUUGUCUCACCAGCUUCUACUUUACAUAACUGGCAACAAGAAGUGGCCAAGUUUGUUCCAGAUUUCAAGGUUCUACCAUAUUGGGGUAAUGCAAAAGAUCGUAAGGUGUUGAGAAAGUUCUGGGACAGAAAGAAUGUCAGAUAUACAAAGGAUUCUCCAUUCCAUGUUCUUGUCACAUCGUACCAAUUGGUUGUUGCAGAUAUUCAAUAUUUUCAAAGAAUUAAGUGGCAAUAUAUGAUCCUGGAUGAAGCACAGGCCAUCAAAUCUUCAUCAUCUUCUAGAUGGAAAUCGUUACUCGGAUUGCAAUGUCGUAACAGACUUUUGUUGACUGGUACACCAAUCCAAAACUCCAUGCAGGAACUUUGGGCAUUGUUGCAUUUUAUCAUGCCCACUUUAUUUGAUAACCACGACGAAUUUAGUGAAUGGUUUUCCAAGGAUAUUGAGAGUCAUGCUCAGUCCAACACCGAAUUGAACGAACAACAACUACGUCGUUUACAUGCACUUUUGAAACCCUUCAUGUUGCGUCGUAUCAAGAAAAACGUGCAGUCUGAAUUGGGAGACAAGAUUGAGAUUGAUGUUUACUGCAACUUGACUAACAGACAAAAGAAGCUAUACAAGAUUUUGAGAUCACAAAUUUCCUUGAUGGAUUUACUUGAAAAGGCGACAUCUGGAAGCGACGACUCAAACCAAAGUUUGAUCAAUUUGGUUAUGCAGUUUAGAAAGGUUUGUAACCACCCUGAUUUGUUUGAAAGAGAUGACGUCAAGAGCCCUUUUUCAUUCGGUUCGUUCGCUGAGACUGGUUCGUUCUUGAGAGAGACGAAUGGAUUAGAGUAUGCAUACACAACCAAAAACGCUAUAUCAUAUCACAUCCCAAAACUUCUUUACAGAGACAUGCUUUCUCCAAAUGAAAACAAUGCUGUUGAUACGAGGAACAACAUCCUCAAUCACCUCUUUAAUAUAUGGAACCCAGAGUACAUCAAUGACAAUUUGGAAGGUGAUGAUGCAUUCUCUUGGUUAAGGUUUGUUGAUUCAACGCCAACCGAAGUGGCCCGAGUUUCGAAGAAGAAUAUUAUCGAAAGGGCUAUCGAUGCACGUACAUAUUGUGAGUCUGAACUGCAACCUGCCGAUGACAAGAAGUUCUUGUUGGUGACCAGCAAGCAGGAGAGUAUCGAACCGCACUUGAAGGAAGUACAGAAGACUGUUUAUCAUGAUACGUAUAUGAAUGUCCAGAAUCAUGGUUCAAUGGACCAUGCUUCUGCACCGCCUGUUGACGUGGUGUGUCAUGAUAGAGCAUUUGUUUAUGAGAAAGAGAGAUCGUUAUUCAAUCCAAAGAUUAGACAAGCAUUAUCUCCUUUGUCACUAAACACACAGUAUGAGUUAAUGGAGAAUGGUGUACCAGUAUCUGAGUUCCCUAAAGCUGAAAUGCUACCUCAAGCUUUAAGCAAUAAAGCUGGAUACUCUUCAAUCAAGAUGCCUUCUAUGAAUAGAUUCAUUAAGGAUUCUGCUAAGUUGGCGAAAUUGGACGAGAUGUUACCAAAAUUAAAGGCCGAAGAUCACAGAGUAUUGAUCUAUUUCCAAAUGACAAAGAUGAUGGAUUUGAUGGAGGAGUAUUUGACCUACAGACAGUUCAAGUUUAUUAGAUUGGACGGUUCUUCCAAGCUUGAAGAUCGUCGUGAUUUGGUUAAUGAUUGGCAAACUCGACCAGAAAUUUUUGUCUUUUUGCUUUCUACAAGAGCAGGAGGGUUGGGUAUUAAUUUGACAGCUGCAGAUACUGUUAUUUUCUAUGACUCUGACUGGAAUCCAACAAUUGACUCACAAGCUAUGGAUAGGGCUCAUAGAUUGGGUCAGACUCGUCAAGUCACUGUGUACAGACUACUUGUCCGUGGAACGAUCGAGGAAAGAAUGAGAGAUCGUGCCAAACAAAAAGAACAUGUCCAGCAAGUUGUUAUGGAAGGCAAGGGAACAUCUGGUUCAGAACAAGAUACAACCAGCUUCCAGAAACCAACAAGGGAGGUUGCAUUGUGGUUGUUGGAUGAAGAUGAGGGCGGUGCCAAUGCUCUCAAGAAUAAGCAACUGGAAGCAGAAGAAAAGAAAGCAAAGCGUAAG